AAAAAAAUUAACACGGGAUGUUUAGAAUACGGGAUUAUGCUUAUGAGAUAGUGGCUCUGGAGUGGGCUAGGAGAUGGGUCUAAUGGGCUGUGAAUUGUUGAAUUUUUUUUUAAUUGCAAGCCCACUUCGUGAUGACCUGGCAUAUUGAUUGAUCCUGAAUAUUUGUACACAUGUGGAUAGGCUUAGGAAGCAAUGACUUAGCUCCUUUUAUAUAGUAGGAUAUAUUUUCUAAACUAUUUCUAAAAUAUGAGUGUUUUAAAAAAUUUAACACGGGAUGUUUAUAAUACGGGAUUAUGCUUAUGAGAGAGUGGCUCGGGAGUGGGCUAGGAGAUGGAUCUAAUGGGCUGCGAAUUGUUGAAUUUUUUUUUUAAUUGCAAGCCCACUUCGUGAUGACCUGGCAUAUUGAUUGGUCUUGAAUAUUUAUACACAUGUGGAUAGGCUUACGAAACAAUGAUUUAGCUUCUUUUAUACAGUAGGAUUGCAUCCAAUAGCCCAAAAAAAUCAAAAUUAACUAACUAGACCAAAAUCGUAUUCUCUCUAUUCUUUUCUCUUCUUAUGGCUUUCUAGUUUCUACUAGCUCUUUUUUUUAACUUUUUUCUACUAUCUCUCUAAAAAACUAUUUUUGGUUUUUUUUUUCUUGGUUAUUUGAUAAAUAACCCCGACAUUUAUUGUAGGGUGUAAUUUAGCUAACGGUUAACUAAAGUUUGAAAAGGUUAUUGGAUAAGCGGCCAAGCCUGAAUCAAAAUCACGGAUUAUGGGCUUCAAGGGAGAUCUGGAUCAAAGUUUAGGCCUAAUUAGGCUGUAAACAUUGGUUAACUAUUUAUAUCGAGUCGGCCUAAAUCACUUUUUGUGUUUGUUUCUUCACGUACGUGUAUAAAAUGAGUGUGCGGUUCUCCGAUUUUAUAUUUAAUUAAAAAAAAUUGUGUGUUUCUCAAGUUUAUGGGUGCAAAAUGGGUCGGCUCAUAGAGGAUUUAAUUAUUUAAAUGAUUUUAGUGGAAGGUUAUCAACAUGGAAUAAUCAAGUAUAAAAAAUUGGCCAACUAUACAUGUUGCAAAAGCAAGUGUAUGAAGAACAAUAUUAUAAGGGAAAAACUGAAACUUUAGGAAAAAAAGUUAGAACCAUAAAGAAAAACGAGUAGGAAGUUUAAGCUAAAUUGUCAUAUAGCGAUGAACCGUUCCUUUAUGGCCGGUCUCUUCCGACCAAUCCGACGUGAAUAUUGACGCCCUUUUUCUGACCAGCCUUACGUUUCAUGAGAAGACCCACGUUCUGGUCACAUUGAGCUCCUUCGUUUAGGAAUUAGCCACGCACUACGUUUUAUUUUUUUUGCUUGGUCGCAGACACGCACUACGUUUUGUUUGAAUUUGUUAACAAAAGUUUGUUUUAUGAAUGAAUGGUCAAAACUCAAGUAUUUCUAAGCAAAUCCUAUAAAUAAGCGAAAAAGUUUAAAUGAUCAAUCGGAAUACAACUUGUACAAGAAAUUUCCGAUUUCUAAGAUGGAACUGAAUUAGUUGCUCUUACUCAGUUAUUCCACAACUGCUUUAACAUUUGACAAUCCACUCAUACUGUAUGUACAUUCACUAAGACGCAUUGAAAUCUUUUAUUCAUUGCGGUUAUAGAUAUUUCUACUAUGUUUCCAUUACAUAUAGUUCAUGUUGAACUACAAUUUCACACAUGAUAAUUAUGGAAGCCAAAAUAAUUAUGAAAACUGAAGUUACUUGGGCUGUUUUGUUACGGAUAGCCUAUAAUCUACAUAUGCUGCACUGCUAGUAGGAAAGCUUGAAAUUCCACUUCCAAACAUUAGUACAAGCUCAUCCAAUACUCUUCCGGCUUCUAGAUAGAAAACUAUAGUGGUCUCGAAUUGUGUUUCAUGAUCAGAGAAAACUUCAGUAUUUUACUUAUAUAUUUUUUGUUUGUUUUAACUAUGAAAAUACCAAAAUUCAAUGCUAUCAGAGUUGGUACAUGACCGGAUAUGAUAAAGGGUGGUUGAGAGGUUGCAGCAGAUGUUCAGACAUGCAAACACAUCAAAGGGAAUAUUUUGUACAUCACUAGUCACUACUGUUUUAGCCAACCACUAGUUACUCUUAUACAUAUUUCUUUUGCGCUUUGAUAUCGAAUUUCAUAAAUUGUGUUUUACUGUUGCUUCAGCUAUGAAAAUAUUAGAUCCACUAAUUUCGUCUUCUAUCAUUAAUGUAUUUGCAACAAUGCACAUAUAUAUAUAUAUAACGAAAUAAUGGUUUAACUAAUUAUUUGCUAUGGAUCAUUGAGUAAUCUAUAUAUCCAAACAAAGAAUCGCAAACUUAAAGUCAUACCCUUAAAUCUAGUGCGGGAGAAAAUUGUUACGUUAUAGUGAUAAGUUAUCUUGUCACGUUUAAAGAUACGAAAAUGAAAACAAAAUAUGCUAUAUGUUCGUAAAAAGGAGAAAAGAAUAUGCUAUUUAUGAAGUACAAAUUGGUGCAGAACUCAGAAUGAAAUCUCGAUCAUACAUUCAUGUAGUAUUCUUGGAAUAGUGUUUAGAUAUAGUGCAAGCAAAAUGAAAAAAAAAAAGAAUGUGUUUUGCAAAUUGUAAAGUUAGAACAAAAUAAAAAGAAUGGACGAGACGACCAUUGUUAAAAAAUAGAUUUUGCACCUAAACUCGUCUAACACCUUUUUUAACUUAUAAAUUAAUGGUUUUAUAGAGAUUGACUCGUCAAUUUAAUAAACCUCCAAAUCCUCACGCUUCUUCGUCAUGCCUACCAUUUCUCAAAUUUUCAAAUAUCAUAUCAUCAAUUCAUUGUGGUCAUAGUCUGAUAGUCACAUUACUGCCAUUGUUAUGAUCAUCUUGCUUUAGUCUAAAUUUUGUUUAAAAAUUUAGAUACAGAAUAAUAUGAAUCACUUUCCAUACAAAAAUACAUGUGAAGAGUAGAGCCCAUUUGAUCCUAGGCAUAUGAAUACUCUGUUAAGAAAAUAUUUUAGUGUUAUCUAUAAUUAAGAAUAAGAUUACAAGUUCUUUUCUAUAGCGUUUAUCACUUAUCAGCCAUAUAAUGAUCAGUGUCAUUAUCUUAUAUGUUUAACUUAUCAAUUAUUAUUGUCUCAUCAUCAUAAUGCACACUGGGAGCACCUUAGUUUGACUAAUACUGAGAUAAUUCACAAGAAAGCAACUUGGGAUGAUAAUUUCUCAUUAAUAUUUAAUUACUUACAUAAAGUUAUCUAAAUGUUUUCUUUCCAUCCAAUGUUCACAUAACUGCUGUAAAGUUAGAAGCAAAACAUUCCCAACCUUUGUUUUAGAGAGCUCCUCUGCUGAGCUCUAGUGGGUUCGAUCAACUUGGUCCUUUUCUUCUUCUUGUUUUCUCUUUUUUUUUCCUUUUUAUGUAAUUCUUCUCUUUUUUUGGCUUGUGGAAGUGGAGCUCGUAAAUAAAUAAACUAAAACAUUUUAGUAUAAUAUUUGGUCUUUUAUUCGACCUACGUAAGAAAAACAUUUUGUACAUUUAUAUUCUACCUAUCUAUAGAUGAAUUGCCUGCCAUCCAUCAAUUAAUUAGAUCUAAGUAAGAAAAGUACUGCGCAUCACUUUUUAUGUCUUCAAUAUUUAUAUCAAUAAAAAUCAAGACAUCCAGAUAAAAAAAUAGUUUAGAUGCAAGCUUAGUCAGCAAUGAAAAACCUGUCGUUUCACAGAUUAAGCUUUCUUCUACCUAUAAAUAUAGCCAAAAACUAUCCCACAUAAGCAUCACACAAAAGUUCUACAAAUAUUAGCCAAUUCACAAGCUUUAAGUUACAUUGAAAGUUUCAAUGGAGAUGGACUUGAAUGCUCAAGUGAAGAAAGCAGGAUUCUUCCAAAGGCUUAAGGAGUUCCCUAGCAAGCUUAAAGACGGCGUCACCAAGCGCAUAAAGAAUGUGCAAAAGUUUGGUAAAGAUGAUCCAAGACGGAUCAUCCAUUCCUUAAAAGUGGGACUUUCUCUCACAUUAGUAUCAAUGCUGUACUAUGUACGGCCUCUUUAUAAUAGCUUCGGGGUUUCGGGUAUGUGGGCGAUACUAACCGUAGUCGUAGUCUCCGAGUUCACUGUCGGUGGGACACUUUCAAAAGGUUUAAACAGAGGUUUUGCAACAUUAAUAGCCGGUGCCUUAGGGGUUGGUGCAGUACACCUUGCUAGAUUCUGUGGAGACAAAGGAGAGCCGAUUGUUCUUGGGAUAUUCGUGUUCUCACUAGGCGCAGCUGCAACAUUUUCGCGGUUUUUUCCAAGGAUUAAACAGAGAUAUGACUAUGGUGCCUUGAUUUUCAUACUCACAUUCAGCAUGGUUGCCGUUUCGGGUUACCGUACAGAUGAAAUAUUGGUUAUGGCAUAUCAAAGACUAUCCACCAUUCUUAUUGGUGGAACGAUAUGCAUCCUUGUAUCGAUCUUCGUUUUUCCUGUAUGGGCAGGCGAAGAUCUUCACAAGAUGGUUGCUAAUAACAUUAUCAAACUCGCUAACUCUUUAGAAGGUUUCGAGGGUGAAUAUUUUCCAUCAUCGGAGAAGACUUCAAAGGAGACAAAUUCGUGUGUUCAACAAUACAAAAGCAUUCUAACAUCAAAAAGCACGGAAGAUACUUUGGCGAAUCUUGCGAGAUGGGAACCGGGACAUGGCCGAUUCAGGCUACGCCAUCCAUGGACAAAGUACUUAAAGAUCGCAGGACUCGUACGUCAAUGCGCCUUUCAUUUUGAAAUCCUCAAUGGCUAUGUUCUCUCUGACGUUAAGAUACCGCAAGAUUUCAUAAGCAAGAUUCAAGAGCCAUGCUCGAUCAUGAGCAGAGAAGCUUGUGAAGCCCUAAAAGCCAUAGCCAAAUCUAUCAAAACAAUGAAGAGAGACAGUGUUUGUGUUAAUGCACAUAUUGAAAACUCCAAAAAUGCCAUACAAAACCUAAGGAUUGCACUCAAAACGUCUUCUCCAGAGACAGAGAAAGAUCUCUUGGAGAUCAUUCCCGGAGUCACAAUGGCGUCAAUAUUGAUCGAGAUCGUUAAUUACGUCGAGAAGAUCUCCGAGGCUGUGGAAGAAUUCUCCGGUCUGGCACACUUUAAAGAGACUCUGGAUCCAAAAGUGUCACCGGAAUUAGGACAACAUCAACUACUUCACAGGGGAAGUGUAAAGCCUGUUCUAGAGGGUGACAGCGAGGAAGAAAACAAUAGCUCUCCUCAUGUUGUUAUCAAUGUCCAUGAUGAACAGCCACCAACAACCAGCGAAAAAAUAGUUUCGGGCGUACAGAAGACGAGAGUAGGUGUCGUGUAGAUAUGUUAUCAUUGUCCAAACUUUAAAAACUCUUUGAAGGGAGCUUGUUUAACAUUAUCUAGUGAAUAAUAUUAAUCAUUUCACUUAUGAUCAA